CUACAGCUCACUGUCCAGAGCCGGGACAGAACCAGCGGCGUGUGUUCAUCUUAACUCGACUUUUCAAACUUACCGGAUGGAGCGGGACCGGGGAGCACCUGCCUCGCGACAAAGCGGCGGUUGAAAUCUCAGAGGUGUUACCGGCGGCUCCACGGAGCGGUCCCGUCAUGGCCCACAGCGGCUCCGGGUCGCUGCUGUGCCGGCGGAACGCGCGGCUGGACUCGUUCCUGCAGCGGAAGCUGGAGCGGAGGGUGUACGAACGGAUCCGGGGUUACGAGCCGUGCGUGGUGCUGUCCGAGUCCAUCAACAAGGUGUACAUGCACGUGGUGCUCAGCGACGAGUGCGUGUACCUCACCGAGUACUCGCCGCGCACUCUCACGGCGGCCGUUAGCUUCAGGCGCGUGCGUUACAUCGAGCUGGUGAACGACCUCCCAGAUUUCCUCAGUGGGAAGCAUCAGGAACACUGCCAGCACAUACGGAUCGUCUACGUCACCAAAAAACCUGCAGCGAAGCAACGCAAUUGGUUAAAGAGAGACAAGAAAGAGGGCCUUCCUCCUGCAGCCCCGCCCUCUCGCAGAAACAGCCACUGUCCUGAAAUAACAAGCACAUUACAAGGAUUUUCCACAGAGAGCAGCCAAUGGAGGAAGGAGGAGCUCCCCCCAGUGUUAAAGUACACCCGCUCAGCCUCAUGCCCAAACCCAGAGACUCUCGGCCUCAUAAGAGUCCCGCAGCCUCCCCCCUUUUACUUCCCCUCAGUCUCACCUGCCUCAUCGCCAUUGCUCUCAGAGAAAAGCCUGAAGACCCUCGAGAGUGGUCAGUUACAAAGGAGGAUCGGUUCGGUCCUGUCACGCCUGCUGAGACGAGGCUGCGUGGACAGCGAGGAGGAGCGGGAGGCGGAGCUCCACCUGUACGCCGUCUCAGAGACGUCCAGACUUUACCUCCACCUGCAGAGCUUGUGGAACAGCUUCAGUAUUAGGUCCACCCUUUUGUUAGAUCCGCUCUACAGAAGGAGGAACUGCGUUUCAUUGUCUGCUCCUGCCAUCAGCUGGGAGCGGACGGCUCACCUAUUUGGCCAGCUGAGCUCCGAGCUCCUGCAGGACGGGAUCAGCGUGGAGAGUAUGUACCUGCUGCUGCAGGAGCUGAGGACCGCCGCGCACCGCAGCAUUACGCUGCGCCAGCUCUUCUGGAGGUCCAGUGAGGUGUGUACUUUCCUGCUCUGCACUCUGGAGGGAUGUCUUCACGGCCGCCAGAGCCUCGGUGGACUCUACACAGCAGAUCAGCUCCUACUGAGCUCUCUGAUUGUUGACACGCUCGCCAUCAUGUUCAGAGAGACGGAGGUCGAAGCUGCCAGACUCAGCCUGCUCUCUGCCAAAAAAGGUGCUCUGGCCUCCCGAAUGCUGCUUGCCUUAAUAUGUGACCCUCAGCCACAAACUCACAGCGGAGGAUCUCUGACGGACUCAGAGGUGAGCUGCUCUCUGCUCACAUCAAGUGUCUUUCAUGUGCCUUCGAUGCAUUAAACCUUGUGCCUCUUACAGCUUCAGGCCUUACUCGCUGAGUAUCUGGACACCGCCGCCUCUCUGCUCUUUGAACUGCUGCUCGUAGGCCACGUGACCAGCAGGUGUGUCUCUGCUGACAACUUCCUGUCUGUUGGUUGGAUCCUCAGAGUCCUGCAGCCUCAUCCCCACCUGCUCUCCUUCAUUGGUUACCAGGUCCAACAAGUGGUGUUGGUUCUGACGGGCCUGCAAGUGUCGGUCCUCAGUCCCGUUCAGUCCGUCCUGCUGUUCCAGCGCCUCCACCUCCUGCUGGCCUGUCUGCAGUACAACAGCCAGCUGGCUCAGCACCUGCGCUCGCAUUUCAGAGAGGAGUUCAGAUACUCUGUGAUGCCGUCGGGCUCUGAAGUGAAGCUGCCACCUCACUAUCCUAUCAGCAGACCCACUCUGAGGCUUGUCGAGCACAUUCGAACUCUUAUGCUGCUCAGGUGACUGAACACCAGCGUGCUCCUAGCCUUCACUUUACACACAGGCAUCCUCAGUGAAGGAAGCAGGAUUUGGAGUCCUCGGGAUGCUCUGCUUAAAGUUUCUGGAUUAUUAUUUAUCACAGACAUCUUACUGUUAGACAGAGAGAUGGAGAUAUAUGCUUGGCCUGUAAAGACUGUUCAAAUGAUGUGCACUCCUAAUAACCUGAAGCUGUUUUAAAUGCAACUUUUAUUUAGUUCUGUACUUGGCUUUCCUAAGCACAUAAUAAAGGAACCACCGUGAGGGACUCCAUGGUUUGAAGCUGUCUGCCCAUCACCAUUUUGAUUUCCUGAAGCCAGAAGUUAACUUCUUGGACCGUCUGUUUAACUUUUUAUUUCAUUCUUUUAAUUUUUAACACAGAAAGACAACAUUUGCUGAUAUAGGACCAUUCAGUUUAAAAUAAUACAAACAAAGCUCCCCUCAAUUCAACUUCUUUAUAUAAUUUUGGUUCUUUUGGCUAAAAUAGAUGUUAAAAUGUUUUAGUCCACACAUAUUAGUCUUACUGGGCAAUAGCUAGUACAAUGCAUAAUAGAGCAGGGCAAUAUGACCAAAAAUAUUUAUCACGAUAUACAUUUGAAAAUUUGCGAUAACGAUAUAUCUGACGAUAUAAUUGACAAUAGACAAAAUACUUUACAAUUCCACAACUUUAUUAGUGCAAAAAAAAAAAAUCAAUGUAUUUUCACUUAAACAAGCAGCUGUUUUUUAUGUGCAUUAAAGUUAUAUAAAAAUUUAACAGUGCAAAUUCCUUGCUGACAGUUUAACCAAAAGGCAUUUCCAGUGGAAAUUGGCCGACAUAUUCUCAGCAUAACCAUUUAUAAUAUCCACAAAACUUAAAAAGAGGUUAUCCACACUCAAUACGGUAAUAUUAUGUUGAAGCACAGUACGUAUCACUCCGCAGGCUCCUGCCUACGAUAGCCGUAAUGCUUCGACAAUCCAUCAAGCGGUGCGGCUUCGUAGCUUAGCAAAGUCGUACUAAAACAUUUGACAGAUUUUCGAGCGCCAUGUACCACAUAAAAUCGUUUCGAGGUCAGUAAACACAACCAGAAUUCAUACAUAAGGCACACAGGAUUAUAAGGGGCACUGUCGAUUUUCAGAUUUUAAGUGUGCAGUAUUUUCCAAAAAACACGGUAAUAACGACGGCCCGCUAGUAUGCUCUACCAAAAAUAGUGCUUUGUUGUGUAUCUGACGGACGAAAGCUAAACCAGUUCCACACCACUGAAGUUUUCGCAUUUUUAUAAACCAAUUCUGGUUCAUCCGUUUCAUUUAACGAUCCGCUUUCGCCCUUCUCAUUCUCCGUCGCCGCCAUACUUUUUCCGCCAUGUGCGUAUGAAAACAAAGGCACUGCGCAUGCGCGUUUUACCCAUAUUCUAUCGCGAUAUUUCAUUUUCUUAUCGUUGCCCAACAUUAUACCGCUAUUACUGUGAACGGUAUAUGGCCCAGCCCUAAUGCAUAGGAUCUUUUCCUUCCUUAUGCAUGACUGUAAUAAUUACAUCCAGCCAUGAUUUUGGCGGCUCUCCUGAGUUUAGUGUAGAGUUAUAUACUUUGCAUAAUAUGGGGGUUUAUUUAUUGUUUUUAAAUUUAGCAUUGACUCUUUUAUUUUAUUUCAGCUUCUGUGAUAGGUACUACUAAUUUAGUUUCUUCCAUCUUUGACAUUUUAGCCAAUUUAAGGGGUUUAAGGAACUCUAAUUUUUUUUGUUUCUGAGGUUUUUGUGCUUCCUUCUUUACAACUGUCUGUAAUAUUUUACAUAAGUACUGAAUAUUUCUUUAGUUUGAGUUUCAAUUCUGGAUUUCUGAUCUUAGGAACUGUGCUUUUCUGAGCUGAAACGCCAAUAACAGUUUUUAUUAAUAUAUCUGAGACCCUCUUCUGUCUUGUAUGGUAGUAGCUCAUCUAAUUGUUGUCUAGCUUCUUUUAGCUUUUUAAAUGUAUAUUGUUUAUGUUCUCUCUCUAGUCUUUUUACUUUAUCUUUAAAUUGUCAUUUGAUCUUAUAUUCAUUUUCAUAAUAACUGGGCUAUGGUCAGAAACAAUGAUUGAUUCAAUUGUCAUCUGUUUUAUCCUAUACAUGUCGUUUUUUGACAUGAAAAGUCUACCCUUGUGUACCUUCCAUGUAUUUGGGACACGAAUGUAAGAUUUCUGUUGUUAGGAUGAAAAUGACACCAGACAUCCACCAGUUCCAGUUCAGUCAUCAUACCUAGUAGGUCAUUUUGGACUGAGGUUUUAUUAUUACCAGUAAUAUGUCUAGUUUAGUAUUCAGAGUACAAAUUAAAAUCUCCUCCCCUAAGUAUAAUUCCUCCUCCUUUAUCUGCCACAAAAGGUGCAAUCCCUUUUAAAAAGUGCAGUCUUCAUUUUGGGCUUACACAUUUAAAAUUUUUAUUUUUAUGCCUGCUAUUGUUCCAGUUACCAUGACAAAACGACCUUCAUGAGAUGCUCUAUCUCAGGUAGGUGAGUUUCUUGGAUCAAGGCUACAGAGCACUGCAAUUUCUUUAGGCUUUUUUCUCUUGAUUGGAUUCACCAGUGUGUGAAUGUGUGUGUGAAUGGGUGAAUGACUGAAUGUAGUGUAAAGCGCCUUGGGGUCCUUAGGGACUAAAUAAAGCGCUAUACAAAUACAGGCCAUUUACCAUUUAAUGAUUCUGCUUACAUUAUAAUUUACAAAAUUUAAAUAAGUCAUAAUCUCUGUACAAUAAUAUAUGCUUCCCUUAUUUAAACAAUAAACAUAUUUAACUGUCUAA